UAAUGUUAAAAAUUUUAUUUUAAGAUAAACCAAAUAAAAUAAUAAUUUUAAUAUAAAAUUAAGAUAUAAUUAAUAUGAGUGAAUCAAAUUCCAUACAAGUAGCCAGCACACAGACUGUCAGAAGGCGCAUUGUCAAAACAGCGGAGUAUGAAGUGAUUUGUGAUUUCAUCCAAAAAUAUCAAGGCCUAGCUAUUGACUGUGAACUAGAGCUGAUAAACAAAUUUCCAGAUUUUGAAAAACUCACUCUAAAAUGUAUUCUGGAAACAAUUUUGACGAAUCGUAUGCGAUCGCAAUAUUGGCGUUAUGAUGCCAAUGCCAAGACCUACUUAAAAAUGUACGAAGAACGUUGCCAGAAAUCAAGUCAUCUGGAUCGCAGCAUUUUGCUGGGUAUUGCACGUGAAGCGGACAUAGGGCCGGUAAUGAUGUGCCGUUCACUGCUUAAAGUUAAAUAUAAAAUAACCGCAAAAGAAAAGCUGACGCAGUUGAUACGUUCACCACAUCUUAUUAAAGAUCACCAAUUUUCUGCAAAUGUGGCACAGUGUGUAUGUAGUGAUUCUCAGGAUGGGCCAUUAAUCGCUUUAAGACGUAGAGUUCUUGGAGAGGAAUAUGAAUUCAAGCUGAAACAAAUGGCGAAUAUGGCUGGAAUGCACUAUUAUGACGAGCAUGAUCUCAGGCGUCUAGGUUACGAUAAAACUCCCGAUAUAAAAAUGCUGCUACCAUUUCUUUACAAAGGAGAAGUAAUAAAUUGGAUCGAAAGUAAGGCAAAUUUUGGAAAUAUCAAGUCUCAUAAGACUUAUAUACAACAGCAGUUAAAUAGUUACUGCAAUAGAUUUGGCGCUGGAAUUGUUAUCUAUUGGUUUGGAUACCAAGAGGAAACUGCCACAUUGCCUGAUAAUAGUAUGGGCAUUAUUGUUUUAGAUGAUUUUCCUGCCAAAGCCGAUAUUCAAUUAUUGGAUUUAACCGAUGACUGCGAAUCUUAUGAUUCUACAAAACCAAAUAAUUGUGAUCAAAAACCGAUAACAUGAUGUACGUAUGACACGCAGCGAUUAAAA